AGGCAUCGGAUUGAGGGUAGUGUCAACAGUCGUUGUUCAAUACUCAAGUGUCAAUGAUGAGCCUCCAAAAUUAUGCUUUGUUGCUCCUAGCGGGUCUUGCAUUGACUUCCGCCCACCCGGGGAGCGAUGCAAAGGCUGAGGCGAAGGAAGCAAAAGCAUCUUCAGUGACGGCGAAGAAACAAGACAAGCGGGGCCUUUUCGAUUUGGGUUAUGGAGGCCACGACUUCGGAGGACACGGUCUGGAACUCGGCGGUCUUGGCGGACAUGGAUUAGACUUAGGAGGUCAUGGUUUGGAACUUGGAGGAGGUCUUGGUGGUUUCCACGACGAAGGGCAUGUUAAACACGUUACAAUCACUAAAGAAGUUAAAGUACCGUACCCAGCACCUUACCCGGUGCAUAUUGAAAAGAAAGUACCUGUACCAUACCCAGUUAAGGUACCAGUACAUAUAGACCGCCCAUACCCUGUACAUGUUCCUAAACCAUACCCAGUACAUGUAGAAAAACCUGUACCAUACCCAGUUAUUAAGAAAGUACCGUAUCCAGUGAAAGUACCAUACAAAGUACCAGUACCAGUACCUCAUCCAGUACCCGUACCACAUCCGGUACCAUACCCAGUUCACAAGCCAGUGCCAUAUCCCGUGAAAGUACCCGUAUAUGUCGAGAAGAAAGUACCAGUGCUUGUGCACGCCCAUGGCCAUGACGAUCAUGGCUUUGGAGGUUUAGAUGGUGGUCUGCAUGGUUUCGGAGGUGGGCUAGACUUGCACGACCACCAUUACUAAAUACCAUCAUUGAAACGACUGUUAAAAACUUUCUCAUUGUUUUUAUUACUUCAUCAGUAUUGUUUGUUGCACCGUUGUUUUCGCUCCAUCUUUUUUUUUACUUUGUAAGAUAAAUUUAUUUAUA